AUGGUAGAUCGCACAGUUGUGGUCACUGGAGCUACCGGCCUUCUUGGCCGACAAGUGUCUCGCGCAUUCCGAAGAAAGGGAUGGAACGUCAAAGGCACAGGUCUCUCGCGAGCCGACGGCGUUGAUGUACUGAAAGUAGAUCUUGGCAACGCCAGUGAGAUUGACAAGCUCCUGGAGGAGACGAACCCAGAGGUUAUUGUUCAUUGCGCCGCAGAGCGUUUCCCCGACAAAGUAGAGAAAGAUCCCGAAGGUGCCAGGAAACUCAACGUGUCGGCAACAUCGUCGCUGGCGCAGGCCGCCGCAGCCAAGGGUGCAUUCCUGAUAUACAUUUCGACCGACUACGUGUUUCCGGGAAGGCUCGGGGAGGCGCCGUACGAGGCCGACUCAGAAACAAGCCCGCCCAACUUGUACGGCCAAACAAAGCUGGACGGUGAAAAGGCGGCCUUGAUGGCGGAUGGCGGCAAGCCCGGAUCGGCCGUGGUGCUCCGCGUCCCUGUGCUAUAUGGAUCAGCGGAGACGCCAGCCGAGAGCGCCGUCAAUGUGCUACUCGACUCCGUCUGGAAGUCUCAGACAGAAGACAAGAGAUUUAAGAUGGAUCACUGGGCUCCACGCUAUCCAACAAAUACCGAAGAUGCAGCCCGGGUGUGUCACGAUAUUGCGGAGCACUACCUGGGUGCUGCUGACCGAGCCUCGCUGCCAAAGAUCUUGCAGUUCUCCAGCGAAGAUCGGAUGACAAAGUACGAGAUGUGCCAAAAGUUUGCGGAGAUUAUGGGCCUACCGGCGGACAACAUCGAGCCCAACACAGAAGGAAACGACCCCAAUGCAGCCGUGCAGCGUCCAUAUGAUACCCACCUCAGCACCAAGACGCUCAAGAGUCUCGACAUUGACCUGUCCACCUGCGACUUUACUGCGUGGUGGAGGCGCGAGCUGGGGGCAUUUCGUAAGUAA